AUGACGGCCACCACUAAUCCUAACUUUGGUGGGGAAACCGAGGGUUUGGAAGUCGCUGCUGCAUAUGCCGAUUCAAUCAAAGGGAAAACUAUUUUGAUAACAGGCGUUAACCAAGGAGGAAUAGGAUAUUCCACAGCAGAAUCAUUUGCUUCUCAAUUUCCAGCCCUGGUCAUCAUCGCUGGGCGUAACACGACCAAGGUUCAAGAGAGCAUCGACGCACUUAAAACAAACUAUCCUGGGGUCGCUUACCGUGCACUUCAGCUUGAUCUUUCUACGCAGCGUGGCGCUCGAGCUGCCGCAAAUGAAGUUCUUUCAUGGUCAGAUGUGCCAGCCAUUGACAUCGUAGUCAACAAUGCAGGAAUCAUGAACAUCCCAGAGCGGACUCUCAAUGCAGACGGAAUAGAGAUCCAGUUCGCCACGAAUCACAUUGGCCAUUUUGUCUUUACCAACAGCAUUAUGCCCAAGCUUCUCAAGGCUGCUGGGGGGAAGCCGAAGGGCGCCGUCAGGAUUGUUAACGUAAGCUCCCUAUCCGUCACCUUUGCGGGUAUACGAUGGAGCGAUAUGAACUUCGAGAAGGUCAACAAGGACCUUCCAGAGGAGGAGCAGCCCGCAUACGGCGUACACGUCGCGUGGGGAAGCAAAGACCCGGAGAAUCUCUCGUACCUCCCUCUUGAGGGGUACAAUCAAAGCAAGGUUGCAAAUGCGCUGUACAGUAUUGGACUAAACAAGCGUCUUUACUCCAAUCACGGAAUCUUGAGCUUGGUAGUUCAUCCAGGUGUCAUUUUCACGGAGUUGAGUAGGUAUGCUUCACCAGAAACAACCGCCGCAAUCACAGGGAUGUUGAAGAGUGGCACUUUCCCAAUCAAGUCACUCGGAGCAGGAGCGGCCACGACUUUAGUUGCUGCAACGGACCCUAGUCUUACGGCUCCUGAAGCAAAGAAUGGUAAGGAGAACUAUGGUAUCUUCUUGCUGGACUGCCAAUUCGGCGACCAGAUCCUCCCGAAGGCGGAAUCAAAUGAAGGAGCAGAGAGAUUGUGGAAGGUGUCGGAGAAAUUGGUCAAUGAAAACUUUUCUUGGUAG